GAGAUGACUGACUUGGAGUGGGAACAGAGCUUGGGAAAUGGGAGGAGCAAAGGAGCUGUAAGCUAUAAGCUGGGAGGGAAUUCAGGGAGCAUCUUUGCCCCCUGAAAGGAAUGCACCUAAGAAAGAACAACACUUAGAAGGACGACACUGGGCAAUCUAGCGUAUUCCUGGCAGCUUUGGGAGAUGGACCAGCAGCAGGGAUUAGCAGGCCCAUAUUGAAAAGGAGAAAAUCAAGGCUUCGGAGGGUAACCUGGGACCAGAGCAGGGAAGACACUUGGCCAAAGUCACACAAUGAAUUUGAGGCAGAAUGAGGACCACCACCUGAGCCUACUGUCAGUCCCAGGCUCCACGAUCACAUUUCAUAGGAACCUAGCUAGGACAGAGAUGUCUUCCCUCCACCCACCAUCCGUCCCAAGGGAAUGAAGGAUGGCAGCACGCCGUGCAUUAAAAGCUGUUUUGGUAGAUCUCAAUGGCACACUUCACAUUGAAGAUGCAGCUGUGCCAGGCGCACAGGAAGCUCUUAAAAGGUUACGUGGUACUUCUGUAAUGGUUAAGUUUGUGACCAAUACAACCAAAGAGAGCAAGAGAGACCUACUGGAAAGGUUGAAAAAGUUGGAGUUUGAUAUCUCUGAAGAUGAAAUAUUUACUUCUCUGACUGCAGCCAGAAAUUUAGUAGAGCAGAAACAAGUCCGGCCCAUGCUGCUAGUUGACGAUCGGGCACUACCUGAUUUCAAAGGAAUACAAACAAGUGAUCCUAAUGCUGUGGUCAUAGGAUUGGCACCAGAACAUUUUCAUUAUCAAACUCUGAAUCAAGCAUUCCGGUUACUCCUGGAUGGGGCACCUCUGAUAGCAAUCCACAAAGCCAGGUAUUACAAGAGGAAAGAUGGCUUAGCCCUGGGGCCCGGACCAUUUGUGACUGCUUUGGAGUAUGCCACAGAUACCAAAGCCACAGUAGUAGGAAAACCAGAGAAAACAUUCUUUUUGGAAGCACUGCGGGGCACUGGCUGUGAACCUGAGGAGGCCGUCAUGAUAGGAGACGAUUGCAGGGAUGAUGUUGGUGGGGCUCAGGAUGUUGGCAUGCUGGGCAUCUUAGUAAAAACUGGAAAAUACCGAGCAGCAGAUGAAGAAAAAAUUAGUCCACCUCCUUACUUAACGUGUGAGAGUUUCCCUCAUGCUGUGGACCACAUUCUGCAGCAUCUACUGUGAACCAUUGUGUGAUCAGAAGCAACUUGAAAUGCAGCUUUUCAUCGUCUGGAAUGAAUUCCUUACCAACUCAGCGCCAGCACAGGCAGACACAGCCCCCAGUGCUGAGAUGUGUAACCCUUUUGUAUUGUGCACUAAUUAGAAAGAAAGGUAUUGAAUUACAGCUAGCCACUAAGCCUUGCUUAUCUCUUUUGUUGUAUUUUGUAAAAGAAGAUGAGACCUGAAGAAAAGGAAAGCUGAGAUUUUAUGCCAUGCCUUUUAAAAUAUUCAUCAGAUUAGGCAGGGCUGGGAGGGAGAAGCUACUGCAGGGAGUCGAGUUCUCGGCUGUCUCCUCACUGCUAAAUUGGGAGGGUGGGUUCAGAUUGUGAAUGAAGUUGAAAGAUGCAUUACGCUAUAGUUUUAAUAUUCAGUUCAGCUGUGAAACCCAUCAAAAGUGCCAAGUGGAGUACAAGUCAGAAGAAGCAAAAUAAAUUGUCCUUUAGCCCAAGUGAUUGAAUGAAUUUGCUUUAACGGAUGUUGAAAACUAGAUUAUCUGGAGUAUUAUUCCCAGCACGGAUGACUUCUUUUUCUCUUCAUUAGCCAGAGAUGACUAAUUUAAAUUUAGAACCUGAUUUUAAUUUAAAAUAAUAUUUCCAUUAAUAACCUAUUCAUUGCAGAUACCUAUUAUAGUGUGUAACAGUUGUUUUGGAAAUUUUAUGUAAAAUUAAAACUAUCAGUAUUUUACAGAUGUUUUAAUUAGACAUUGUUAUUAACAGGAACAGUGCAGAAACUAAAAUCAAGCCUUUAAUGUCUUAUAGACCAUGCAUUUUUGAAGUUAGUGUCCACGAGGGUCCUAUUUACUGUACAUUUGCAAGAUUUCAUUAUUUUUGCCUCUGACACUAUGGGAAAAAUCUUUUAGAAGCUAUUGGGACAGAUUCAGGCUUUUAUGUACUUGGUUACUACAGCUGUAAAAUGAAAUCUCGUCUGGUAGCAUGGAUUAUUCUUCUCAUGUUAAACCCACCAAAAUGAAGGGGACCAAGUAGGUAAUGAUUUUCCAGUGCAUUUGCAUACUGUGAUAAUCCUGGGCCUUUGCAAUUGUUUUACAGGACUCUUGGGCAUUGAAUUAUUAGCAUGUAAUUGUACAUCAUUGUAGUGUUCACCUUAUUGAAGCACACACUGAUGUUAAUGAGCUUUGGGUUUUGAUUCUUGUUUAGAUAUCAGCUUGGUCUUAGAUGGGAGGGAGCAAAGCUAAAUAAAUGGCAGCUCCUCU